AUGGGCCUUUUUGAGAUCCCCGAGUUAAACACCCGUCUGGGCACUUGGCGCGCCUAUCAUUUGGCUGCCAUUGUCUUUAUCUCCUCCUUCCUGUCCGCCUAUGACUCGGGUAUUGCCGGCGGAAUCCUGACAUUCACGUCGUUCGAGAAGGACUUCCGCUAUGCGAGUGCUCAUGAAUCGAAGGUGUCCUCCCUCACGGUCGGCCUGGAGCAGAUGGGAUCCUUUGUUGCAGCCGCCUGCGUUUAUCCAUUAACCAAUUGGUAUGGGCGCAAAAUAACGAUCAUCGGCUCAACCGCUCUCUUUGUAAUCGGCGUGAUCAUUCAGCUCAUCAAUACCCACUCCCUGGCCGCAUGGUAUGUCGGUCGUGUUGUAGCUGGUUUGGGUAUGGGAGGUCAGAGCGUAGUGAUUCCGAUGUAUUCGGCGGAGAUGACUCCAAAGGAGAUUCGAGGCCGCUGUGGCUCAUUUUACCAGUGGCUAUACGCAUGGGGUGUCUUUACGGCAUACUGGGUGGACUACGGUGUUGGUAAGAAUACUUCGAUUGCGGGCACCUCGAGGGAGUGGCAGAUCCCUGUCGGUCUACAGCUGAUUUCUGGAGGCAUACUGCUUCUCGGAACUCUGACACUCCCUGAGUCGAUCCGUUGGCUAUUGACCCAGAAUCGGGUCGAAGAUGCCUGGAAAUCCAUCACCUGGAUUCGCGGCGGCGAUACCCCCAAGACACGCGAUGAAUUCGCAGAGACCCAGUUAGGUCUUCAAGCCGAGAUUGCCGAGCGUGCCAACUUCUCCCUGCGUGAGCUCCUCGAACCCGCCAAUCGCCUCCGCUUCCUGGUUGGCCCUAUGCUGUUCAUCUUCCAGAAUGCGACGGGAAGCAGUGCCUUGGCCGUGUUUGCGCCUCAAUAUUUCAAAUUGAUUGCCGGAAGCGGAACUAAUCGUAAUAUGUUGUUGACAGGUCUGUUUGGUGCUGUCAAGGUCAUCGCGAGUACAUUUUUCAUUGUCUUCCUGGCAGAGCGUUUGAGUCGCCGGAUAACCCUGGUCAGCGGAUCGGCUCUUAUGGCUAUCUGUAUGCUGAUUACUGCGCUGGUUGUGGACUAUGUUCCAACCCAGUCUGCUACCAAUGUGACCGCGGCGGGUCGGGCGACAGUUGCAAUGAUUUAUCUUGACAUUAUGAUCUACAACUGCUCCUGGGGCCCUCUUCCCUGGGCCUAUGUGCCGGAGAUCUUUCCAACCCGGAUCCGUGCUCUGGGUCUGGCAGUCAGCAUGUUGGCCCAUUGGGCAUCAUCCUUCUGCUUUUCCUUCGCCAGUCCUUACAUGAUUUCCAACGUCGGCGCGAACACUUUCCUUAUUUUCAUGGGCUUUGACGUUUGCUCCGCUGUCUUCUGCUGGUUCUUCGUCAAGGAAACCCGCGGCCAGAACCUUGAAGUCGCCGCUGGUACCGAAUGGGAGACCGCUGAGCGCAGCUCAUCUGAUGAUGGUGAAAAGGGUGGUGUGAUCAAUGCGGAAGGCAGAAAAGUGCAGCUUGUCAGUGUGCAUGAGAACUUCCAUGCGAAUAUUAAGCAUCGCUCUUGA